AUGCACGGCGGUGGCCGCGGCUUUGGCGCCGGCGUGUUCGCCUCGCAGGGCGACCUGUCGUCUCGUUCGUCCUCGCUGCAGGCCCAGCAGCAGCAACAGCAGCAACAACAGCAACAGCAGCAGCAGCAGCAGCAGCUCGGCGCGCAGGGCGCGUCGGGCGCGCCGCUCCUCUUAAACAACCUCGCUCAGCACCUCAACAACCCCCCGCCACCUUCCUCGAGCGGCCACCCCGGCCUCGUGUCCUCCAACUCGGCAUCCGCCCUCGGCGGCAACGGCAAUGGGGGCAACGCGUCGGCAUUCACGCCCCCUGGUAUCGCGGGCACUGCGGUCCCCGCCCAGGGCACGGGCAAGCUUCUGCUGCUUCCCAACGGCAGCCCCCCGCCCGCUGGCUCCGAGGAGGAGAAGAUUUACAUCCUCAUCACCGAGCUCCUCGACCCCGAGACCCGCGAGACUGCGCUCCUCGAGUUGAGUAAGAAGCGCGAGAUGUACGAGGAUCUCGCUCUUGUUCUGUGGGGUGGCUUUGGCAUCAUGUCGUCGCUCCUCCUCGAGAUUGUCAAUGUCUACCCGGCGCUCUCGCCGCCAGUCUUGACAGCGCACGCAUCCAACCGCGUGUGCAACGCCCUCGCGUUGCUCCAGUGUGUGGCCUCGCACUCUGAGACGAGGAGUCUGUUCCUCAACGCGCACAUUCCGCUCUUCCUCUACCCUUUCCUCAACACGACGAGCAAGACGCGGCCGUUCGAGUACCUGCGCCUCACUUCUCUGGGAGUUAUCGGCGCGCUCGUCAAGCAGAACGACAACUCUGACGUGAUCAACUUUUUGCUCUCGACCGAGAUCAUCCCGCUCUGCCUGCGCAUCAUGGAGACGGGCUCGGAGCUGUCCAAGACGGUUGCCAUCUUCAUCGUGCAGAAGAUUCUGCUCGACGACCUUGGCCUGCAGUACAUCUGCCAGACGUACGAGCGCUUCUACGCCGUCGGCGCCGUCCUAUCCAACAUGGUGCAGGCUCUGGUUGAGACCCAGGCGGUCCGCCUCCUCAAGCACGUCGUGCGGUGCUACCUCCGCAUGAGCGACAACCCGCGCGCCCGCGAGGCUCUUCGCGCGUGCCUCCCCGAGGCGCUGCGCGACGGCACAUUUGCCGGCCUCCUCAAGGGCGACCUUGUUACCAAGCGGUGUCUGCAGACGCUGCUGGUGAACCUCAACGAGAGGGGCGAGUAGGAUAAGACACGAGCGUGGCGAUAGCCCCGCGAGUGGGCCUGCCUAGCCACGCAGGUGGGCUUACCUACCACAAUCAACCUGAUCACCCCCAACACAUCAAGCAUCCUGGCCGCGAGGCAAGGCAGACAGACAGAGCCUGCCUGCCACCGCCUGGCCAACACCACCACCACCCCGACCUCCGCCUAAUUCGCAAGCCAGAGAACAACCCACUCCACCACCUACAAUAGCAUUGCACUGGCCGGAGUUGUACGCAGCACACGAUCGCUCGACGCAACAUCAAGCAUACACUGGCGCGCGGAUGUGGCGGCGGUUGCGCCGUUGCCCCCCUUUGUUUCCGCGCCGUAGUACCAAUCCAAAC